AUGCUUUCUUCAAAUAACUCAAGGGAUUUGACUGAUUGCUCUGAGUUUGGAAAUAGAUCCUGUCCUGAGAACUUUAGGUCACCAGGCGUACGAGGGCUCCAUUCUCCGACCAAUUUCCUCAUCCUAUCCAUGGCUGUCACUGAUUUCCUGCUGGGCUUUGCCAUUAUGCCCUACAGCAUGGUGAGGUCUGUGGAGAACUGCUGGUAUUUUGGGAUGAUGUUCUGCAAAAUUCAUUACAGUUUCGACCUGAUGCUCUGCUUAGUUUCCAUUUUCCAUCUUUGCUCCAUUGCUGUGGAUCGGUUUUAUGCAAUCUGUCACCCCCUGCAUUAUACCAGCACCAUGACUGUCAGCACCAUAAAACAAGUGCUAGUAAUGUGUUGGUCAGUGCCUGCUGCUUUUGCUUUUGGUGUGGUUUUCUCAGAAGCUUAUGCUUCUGGAAUUGAGGGCUAUGAAAUGCUGGUUAAAUGCUCGAGCUCGUGCCCUAUUAUGUUCAAUAAACUAUGGGGGACUAUUUUAUUCACAGUUGGUUUAUUUGCUCCUGCUUGUAUAAUGAUAGGGAUUUAUGUUAAAAUUUUUACAGUAUCCCAAAGGCACACAUGUGAGUUCAGCCAGGCACAAAGGCACACAAAAGAUAAGAAAAAUUAUCUUUCUAGGAAUAAAGAUAGGAAAGCUGCCAAGACUUUGAGUAUAGUUAUGCUAGGUUUCUUAAUAUGCUGGUUUCCCUGUUUUUUCACAAUCUUAAUUGAUCCAUUUUUAAAUUUCUCUACUCCUUUACCUUUGUUUGAUACUCUAAACUGGCUUGGGUAUUUAAAUUCUUUCUGCAAUCCAUUGAUAUAUGGCUUUUUUUAUCCAUGGUUUCGGAAAACAUUUAAAUAUAUCUUAAAAGGCAAGAUAUUUAACCCAUAUUUUCGUACAAUAAAACUUCUAUCUGAAGAUCAGUCACAGUAA